AUGAAUCGGUUCGAAGAAUUUUCCUCGGUGGAGGUGGAGUCAUUAAUGGUGGAGGUGCAAAAGAGAAAGGGAGGAGAGAAAGAUGAAAAUAAAAGAGAAACUGAUUUUCUCUUUGAUUUAAUUAGGCUUGCUCCUCCAAUUUAUGCUAAUGCUGUUCUUUACUACUGUCACAAUGAGAAUGCCAAGAAUAUCAUCGAUCCAGAUGUUCGUCGUAGUGUAAUUAUGAAAUCUUUAGCUGAAACACUAACCAAAUUCUAUCCCUUAGCUGGUAAGAUCAUUGACGACAAGUUUAUGGUGGAGUGCAACGAUGAUGGUGCGGACUAUAUCGAAACCAAAGCGAGUAACUGUCAGCUUUCUCAACUUAUUCAACACCCUAAUGUCCAUGAACUAGUGAAGAAAUUCAUUCCAUCUGAUCCCUAUACUACUGAAACUUCUCCAAAGAAAGUUCCUCUAUUAUUGGCGGAUGCAGCUUCACUCACCACUUUCGUCAAUGACUGGGCUACUGUGGCUCGUGGUAUUGCUACAGAUGUCGACCAUGAUCAACAAGUCAAAGGUCCUAAUUUCGAAUGGCAAUCUCUUUUUCCACCGAGAGACUUGAUGGGUUUCACACCCACGACCUUAAUUGAGGGAGAUAAAGUACUGGUGACAAAGAAGUUCGUUUUUGGGGCUUCCAAACUAGCCGAACUCAAGGCAAAAAGCAUCAUUGUCAGCGACGAUGUUCCUGACCAGUAUCAGCCAACUCGUGUUGAAGUGCUAUCGGUCUUUUUGUGGAAGUGUUUCAUCGACAUAUAUCAAGCAAAAAAUAAGGGAGGUGCUCAGCUAAAGGUUUACCUAGCAACACAUAUAGUUAAUAUGAGAUCGAGAAUAGUUCCAUCACUGCCAACAAACUCCUUCGGAAAUGUAUUAGGUGUCUCAGCUGCAUCCAUCAUAAUGAAUAAUGAGGAGGGCACUAUGAAGAACGAUCAGUAUAACUACCCAGAUUUGGUAGGAAAAAUCAGGGACUCCAUAAAGAAAGUGGAUGCUGAUUAUGUAAGAGAAAUACGAACUACAGAUGCGCAAUUGGAUGCCUUUAAGUUGUUGAGCAAAAAUUGUGCAAGUGGUCUGGCGCUGAUGCUAAACUUCAGUAGUUGGUGCAGGUUUCCAAUAUAUGAAGCAGAUUUUGGUUGGGAAAACCAACAUGGUCCAGGAGAUGGAAUUGAAGCAUGGAUACACUUGGGUACAGAAGACAUGGCUGAAUUUGAACGUCAUGAGGAGCUCCUUGCACUUAUUCUUAAUUAA